AUGGGUGAGAUGGAACAGCUGCGAAAGGAGGCGGAGUCCCUGAAAGAUGAGAUCACUGCAGCCCGAAAGGCAGUGAAUGACGCCUCGCUCCAGGACACCGUGUCAGGGACAGCAGUGGUGGGGCGUGUCCAGCUGAAGACCAGGAAGACGCUGAGGGGACAUUUGGCCAAGAUCUAUGCCAUGCACUGGUCAACGGAUUCCAAACUAUGUGUAAGUGCAUCUCAGGAUGGCAAACUGAUUGUGUGGGACAGUCACACCACCAAUAAGGUGAAUGCGAUCCCUCUGAAGUCGUCGUGGGUGAUGACGUGUGCGUACGCUCCGUCGGGGAACAUGGUGGCAUGUGGAGGUCUGGACAACAUGUGCUCCAUUUACAACCUGAAGGCGAAAGACGGAAACGUCAAGGUCAUGAGAGAGCUCGCCGCGCACACAGGUUACCUCUCCUGCUGCCGUUUCCUGAGUGACAGUGAGAUUAUCACCAGCUCUGGGGACUGUACCUGCGUGCUGUGGGACAUUGAGACGGGCACACAGAAGACGGUUUUCGCCGGUCACCUUGGCGACUGCAUGUCCCUGGCGGUGUCGCCUGACUUUAAGACAUUUAUCUCAGGGGCGUGUGACUCCACAGCCAAACUGUGGGACAUCAGAGAGGGGCAGUGCAGACAGACCUUCGGUGGUCACGAGAGUGACAUCAACGCCAUCGCUUUCUUCCCGAACGGGAAUGCUGUCAUCACGGGUUCGGACGACGCCACCUGUAAGCUGUAUGACCUGCGUGCUGAUCAGGAGCUCAUCACCUAUCAGGAUUCCAGCAUCAUGUGUGGAGUGACCUCUAUCGCCCCCUCCCUGUCUGGAAGACUUAUCCUCGCCGGAUACGACGACUUCAACUGCAACAUCUGGGACUCACUCAAGUCCGAGAGAGUGGGUGUGUUGGCAGGUCACGAUAACAGAGUGAGUUGUAUCGGAGUGACAGCUGAUGGGAUGGCGUGCUGCACGGGAUCAUGGGAUAGCUUCCUGAAGAUCUGGAACUGA